CCAAUUCAAUGAAUGGAUGUUGAAAGUUUUGUUGUCGCGUGUUUCUCUUGUGUGUAUAAUACGCGAAUUGCUCGCCCCACUAUCGGAUGACACUCUUCACCUCACGAUGGGCACGAAUAUUUAAUUCACUCGACUUUUUGUUCCAUCAGCGUUUUGCUGAUUUGGAAACAAAGUGCGAAAACCGUCGAGUGUGUAUAUGCGUCCGAUCGUCAAAUGGGGAGUUGAGUGCGAUCGUCAGUUUGGUCAGAACUUUCCAUGUGGUAGCAUCUGAAAAAUUUUGUACUGGAAUUUUUACUUGGAUUUUCAGUGAUUGCACGUGAAUUAUUGCUUCUUUCGAGGGGAAAAUAAAAUAUUUUUGUGCUAAUAUAGUGAAUUUUUUUUUUAAAAAUUUUUCCUCAACGCACAAUAUAUUCCAAGAUCAGCAUUUUGAAUUUUUGGUAUUGACAGUUUGUUUUAUAAAAAGGAGAAAAUUGUUUUUUGGAAUUUAAGGUGGAACUGAAGAAAUGUGAUGAAUUUUUGCCAAGUGUUGAAGAUACAUUAUUGUUGUAAAAGAAAGUAAAAGACGGUUUCAUAACUACCAGCCUGAUUUUUUUUUGUUUCUCUGUUCACCCAACAAACCUCACGCAAAAGAAGCUCGCUCGAAUUAAUAAAAAGUGUGGCAUAUAUAAUAAUUUUGUGCGGAGGAGAAAAAAGUGCUUAAUGUUGCGAUAAGAUUACUUGGAGGAAUUGUGAAAAAUCUCACUGUUUCUGAGCAAGGCACAAUAUCAGACAUGGUAAACAUGAUCAUGUCCAAAAUUGACACCUUCAGCCACUUAUAAAUACAGUUUUUGAAUGAAGAAAUACUGUAAAAAGUGUGUGAAGAUCACCUGGGAAUUCCCACAAGGCUCAAAGUGAAGACUCUGCUGUAGAGGGACCUCUAAAAGACCAAUUUGUUGAGAUACUCUGGCAGAAAUUGCGCCAAAUUUGCACAAAACUGCAUUGACCUUAAUAGAUGAAUUUUUUUUGGAAGCACGAUUAAAUCGUAUGAUCGCGAGUAACACAUUGAACUCGAAGUUGGAAAAAAAAGAGAGACGGAAAAGUCAGCAAUUUCCUGAGUAUUACAAAUAAAAAAAAAAAUAAAACAGUGCAUAGAAGUUUUCCGGAAAGACAUUUCUCAAUAAGUGUCCUCUGAGUAAAGUCAGUGAGAUGAAAAUUCAAUGACUAAAGUGCACGAGAGAGUGUCAAACUCCAACUAAAGACCCGAUAACCUUCUGAUUAGAACAGCACGUUUUUGUACAUUUUAUUAAAGAGUCAUCUCGGCCAGAUCAAUCAGUAAAACCCCUAAAGUCAUCGGGUAUCUCUAUCAGACUGAUCGAUGGGCUUUUGAAGUGUAACGAGUGGAGAGACUUACGGGAAAGGGUGACAUAAAUUCACCCCAGAGUCAAGGUAUUGACCUCAGAAAGACAGUAAGAAGUGAAAUUCAAGAGAAAUUCCACAAUUGACGUCCGGAAUAGCGGAAAUUGUUAAGAGAGUAUAGAAAAAUGCCACAUAGAUCAAAAGUUAGAUGUUUGGUCAGAGGAGGAAGAAAGCAAAGACGAAGAAAGGGAAGGACUGUGGCAGCUGGAAGUUGGAUUCCAGAAUAUUUCGAGAUUGUAGAGGAAAAGGAAACACUUAAAGAUACCAAAGAAGAUGAUGAUUUUGGAGAGAAGGAUUCAGGCUAUGAAGAUUGGGAUUUGUCCAUGCCAUGGUUUGGAAUGGAUAUCGGUGGAACUCUAACUAAAUUGGUGUACUUUGAACCUAAAGACAUUACACCCGAUGAAUUGGAUCAAGAAGCAGAAAUUUUGAGGAAUAUUCGGCGGUAUCUUACAAAGCAUUCAGCUUAUGGCAAAACAGGCCACAGAGAUGCACAUUUACAGAUGGACAAUGUUGAGAUUCGCGGGAGACGCGGAUCACUGCAUUUUAUCCGGUUUCCCACGUCAGAGAUGGGAAAUUUCCUGACACUGGCUAAGGCCAAGGGCAUGGCACAACUUGUGACGACAGUUUGUGCAACAGGAGGUGGUGCCUUUAAGUUUGAGAAGGACUUCAAGGAGCAGGUGAACAUGAAAUUGGCCAAAUUCGAUGAACUGGAUGCCCUCAUUAAGGGACUCCUCUUCACGGAAUAUAACAAUCUCAAUGAGUGCUAUUACUGGGAAAAUCCCGCAGAUAUCAUUAAGAGCGCCAAGAGGCGAUAUGACUUCUCCAUGCCCUAUCCCUUCAUCCUCGUAAAUGUGGGAUCUGGCGUUUCGGUGCUGACGGUACGUGGUCCAGACGAUUACCGUCGGAUAUCGGGUACCAGCCUGGGUGGUGGAACAUUCCUGGGCCUCUGUUGUCUCCUCACAGGCUGCCAGACCUUUGAGGAAGCCAUUCAGCUGGCCACAAAGGGGGACCACAAGAAGGUGGACAAAUUAGUUAAGGAUAUCUAUGGUGGCGACUACGAGAGAUUCGGCCUGCCAGGGGAUCUGGUGGCGAGUAGCUUUGGACAGAUGAAUUCACGCGAGAGACGAGCAAGUGUGUCCAAAGAAGACCUAGCCAAUGCUACUCUUGUCACCAUCACCAAUAAUAUCGGUUCCAUUGCCAGAAUGUGUGCCAGCAACGAAAAGAUCGAUAGGGUGGUUUUCGUGGGAAAUUUUCUGCGCGUGAAUCCCAUUUCGAUGAGAUUGCUGGCCUUUGCAAUGGAUUACUGGUCCAGGGGUACACUGAAAGCUCUAUUUCUCGAGCACGAAGGCUACUUUGGGGCUGUGGGGUGCCUCCUGCAGUUCAAUGGCGAGCUCAUGAGUGGCUCCUUUUGCAACGACAACCACGAAUCGUCGAGCGCAACAGAAACAGGCUCAGAGGUUGAAUAGAGAACAAUUUCAACUGGCACAAAACUUCCCGCCGACGAUCCGGCCAGAGACUGUGAAUUUAAUUGUAGGGCGACAAUUGAAAGGUAAGAGAGAGAGAGAGAACGUGUGAGAGGAGAAUAGGCAACAAGAACUAUUUUAAUUAACGCAAAGUUCAAUAUCCAGCAAUAUCAGAUUUUUUCCCUCUUUCAAUUUUUUCAAACAAUUUAAGACUUUCGUAAAAAAAAAAUAUCUCGCUUCUGAAAUGUUGAAAAUGUGAAAUCUUAUCUCAGGUUUCUUUAUUAGCUCGAAGAAAAAUGUUUAAAGAAAAACCAUGCACCAAAAAAAAAACAAAGAGAUGAUAAACUGCUCAGAAUUGCACAAAAUUCUUUUUAAAAAAAAAUUAUACAUAUAUUGCGUUAGAGGAGUUGAACAGGAAAUCUUUCCAGUGUGAGUGAUGAAGAGAUGAAUAUCUCUAAAAAGGUAUAUUUAUCAAGUUCUUAGAAUAAAAUAAGGAAUAAUGGCGUAAACAAAAAAAAAGAAAUUCUUUUGUACGAUUGCAAAUCGUUUGGUAUAAUUUCCGAAAACGAAUAAAAUUCUUAGCCCGAUGAAGUAACUAGAUCAAAUAUAUUUUUAUUAUUUUCCUUAAUCAUUUAUAAUUUUUUUUGUAAUGUUAUUCACUUUCACUUAUUAUAUUUUUCAUUUUGUAAGGGGAACUUUUUUAUACUGUAUUUGUGAUGAAAAGUAUCUUUUAUAAAGUUUUUAGGCAGAUUUCAGCUGCAGAAAACAAAUAAAUUCCUUGUAAUUGAUAUUUAUUUUACAAAUAAAUAUUACAUGUUUUUUUGUUAUCACGAAAAAAAAUCACAGAA